CACUCAUUCUGUAACGUUAACACCACAACAAACAUCUUCACUAAAACAAAAAAAACAACAUAUUAUCCUUUCACUUUUCUUCAAUAAAUAUGACUAAAUUAAUGAUAUGUAUAUUAGCCAUACUUUUUAUGGCAGCAGCAGUAACAGCUUCUAGCUUUCGUACUACAAUUACCAUAGCUGAUAACCCAAUGGGAGAAAUGUCUCAACGUUGCGAGCAGCAAUUUCAAAGGGCACAGAACUUACGUACUUGUGAUGAUUAUUUAAGACAAAGCAGCAAAUUCCCUGAGGAAAUUAUGUUAAUGAACCAACAAGAUGGAGACUGGCGCCAAUCAUUCCCAAGGUGCUGUGAGGAGUUGGAACAGAUGGAAGACGAGGAAUGUAGGUGCGAGGGGCUAACACAAAUAAUCCAUCAGGAGCAACAGGCUGCAGUGUUGCAGGGAAGGGAAAGGGCUGAGGCUUUUCAGACUGCACAAGCCCUUCCUGGUUUAUGCCGCAUUCCACCUCGCCAUUGCAGUAUUCCAAGUCUCAGUACAGCUCAUCGUCAACAUGCCUUCAUCGACAUGCCUGUUGCAGCUGUAGUUUUCAACAUGGCUAGAGUAAUGAUCCUUGGAGCCAUUUCUUUAGCCAUCCUUCUCAUGGCAGCUACAGUUUCUUCCUCUCGUUUCACCAUCACCAUUGCUGAAGAGGCUGAGAAUCCCCAGACUCGAAGCUGCCAGCAGCAAAUCCAGCAGGCACAACAGCUAAGUUCUUGCCAACAGUAUCUAAAACAGAGGACUCAAUCCUAUGAAGAACCAGAAAACCAACAAAGGCCAGACGUACAACGUUGUUGCCAGCAACUGCAACAGGUACAAGAUCCACAAUGUCGUUGUGAAGGAAUAAGGCAAGUGUUUCAACAAGAGCAACAACGUGGUGAAUUACAAGGCAGAGAAAGGCAACAAAUGCUUCAAACUGCACAAAAUUUGCCUGGUUUAUGCAAACUUAGUCCACAGAGAUGUGAGAUACAAACUAUGGCAUGGUUUUAAUUUUGUAAUAACUAAUAAGCUAAGGCAUGUUAUUAAUUUGCAGAAAUAUGCAAAUUAUAUAUUAGCCUUUAUGUUUGUAAUGGUCUUUUAAUAAAAGAGUUUUGUAUGAACUCGUAGUACUAAUAAAAUAGUUACGCCUUGUGGUGUGAUUUUGGUGUUA